AUGUCAGAGGGAUUGGUACAAAGAAGGAAACCUGCUCAAAAAAAAAAUAAUGAUAAUACAGAGGAAAAACCUGCUGAUGAAGUUUCAGGUAGUGAAUCAGAUCAUAAUAAUGGAAAAGAAGAUAAAGCUCUUAAAUUAAGUUUGAUGGAAGAAAUUUUGUUACUGGGUCUUAAAGAUCGUGAAGGGUACACGUCAUUUUGGAAUGAUUGUAUUAGCAGUGGUCUACGUGGCUGUGUAAUGAUAGAAUUAGCUUUACGAAAACGUAUUGAUUUAGAAAGUACAGGAAUGAGAAAAAGAGGUCUCUUAUCAAGGAAAGUUAUUGUUAAGGAUGAUAAACCAACUGGUGAUGCUAUUUUAGAUGAAGCAUUAAAACAUAUAAAAGAUACAUCCCCACCAGAAAAUAUUGUAUCAUGGAUAGAAUAUUUUUCUGGUGAAACAUGGAAUCCUCUAAAAUUAAGGUAUCAAUUAAGAAAUGUUAGAGAGAGAUUGGCAAAAAAUAUGGUUGAGAAGGGUGUUUUAACAACAGAAAAACAAGAUUUUUUGUUAUUUCAAAUGACUACACACCCUCUUCAAAAUCAGCAUAUGAAAGGAAGACUUAUAAAGAGGAUACAAGAGAGUGUUUUAACUCGUUGGACUAAUGAUGUUCAUAGAAUGGAUAAAAGAGUUUUAUCAUUAAUAAUUUUAUCACAUGCUAGUGAUGUAUUAGAGAAUGCAUUUGCACCUUUGUCAGAUACCGAUUAUGAAUUAGCUAUGAAACGUGUAAGAAUUCUCCUUGAAUUAAAUUAUGAUCAGGAGGCAGAAAAGAAAUCAGGACAGACAAAUGAUGUUAUGUGGGCUGUAUUUGAAGCAUUCAAUAAAUAG